AUCAGAGGAGGCCUCCCUGCGGGCUCUGGAGAGUCUGAUGACGGAGUUUUUCCACAAUUGCACAACAAAUGAGAGGAAACGUGAGAUAGAAGAGCUUUUAAAUAACUUUGCCCAGCAGAUAGGAGCCUGGAGAUUCUGCCUGUACUUCCUGUCCAGCACAAGGAAUGACUAUGUGAUGAUGUACAGCCUGACAGUGUUUGAGAACCUGAUCAAUAAGAUGUGGCUGGGGGUGCCAUCCCAGGACAAGAUGGAGAUCAGGAGCUGCCUGCCCAAGCUGCUGCUGGCCCACCACAAAACUCUGCCUUACUUCAUCAGGAACAAGCUCUGCAAGGUCAUCGUGGACAUCGGCCGCCAGGACUGGCCCAUGUUCUACCACGACUUCUUCACCAACAUCCUGCAGCUGAUCCAGUCUCCUGUGACCACUCCCCUGGGGCUGAUCAUGCUGAAAACCACGUCGGAGGAGCUGGCGUGUCCCCGCGAGGACCUGAGCGUGGCGCGCAAGGAGGAGCUGCGCAAGCUGCUCCUGGAGCAGGUGCAGACCGUGCUGGGGCUCCUCACAGGUAUUUUGGAGAGCAUCUGGGAUAAGCACAGUGCUACUGCUGCCACUCCACCACCAUCGCCGACCUCAGGAGAGAGUGGUGACCUCUUGAGUAGCCUCUUGCAGAGCCCCAGCGCGGCCAAACUGCUGAACCAGCCCAUCCCCAUCCUGGACACAGACAGUGAAUACAUCUGCUCCCUGGCUCUGGAGUGCCUGGCUCACCUCUUCAGCUGGAUCCCUCUGUCCACGAGCAUCACCCCGUCCCUGCUGACCACCAUCUUCCACUUUGCGCGCUUCGGCUGCGACACGCGCGCGCGCAAGAUGUCCUCGGUGAACGGCAGCAGCCCCAGCGCGCUGCUGGGCCAGGAGCGGGGCCGCCUGGGCGUGCUGGCCAUGGCCUGCAUCAACGAGCUCAUGUCCAAGAACUGUGUGCCCAUGGAGUUUGAGGAGUACCUGCUGCGCAUGUUCCAGCAGACCUUCUACCUCCUGCAGAAGAUCACGCGGGAGAACAAUGCGCACACGGUGAAGAGCCGCCUGGAGGAGCUGGAUGAGAGCUACAUUGAGAAGUUCACAGAUUUCCUCCGGCUCUUUGUGAGCGUCCACCUGCGAAGGAUCGAGUCCUACUCCCAGUUCCCUGUGGUUGAAUUCCUGGCCCUGCUGUUCAAAUACACUUUUCAUCAGCCUACACAUGAAGGUUACUUUUCUUGCUUGGACAUCUGGACACUCUUCUUGGACUAUCUGACCAGCAAAAUCAAAAGUCGCCUGGCAGACAAGGAAGCAGUGCUCAACAGGUACGAAGAUGCCUUGGUUCUGUUGCUGACAGAGGUGCUGAACCGGAUCCAGUUCAGGUAUAACCAGGCCCAGCUGGAGGAGCUGGAUGACGAGACCCUGGAUGAUGAUCAGCAAACGGAGUGGCAGCGGUACUUGCGCCAGAGCUUGGAGGUGGUGGCCAAAGUCAUGGAGCUCCUGCCAACUCACGCCUUCUCCACACUCUUUCCCGUUCUGCAGGAUAACCUGGAAGUGUAUCUGGGGCUCCAGCAGUUUGUGGUAACAUCAGGAACAGGUCACAGGCUGAACAUCACAGCAGAGAACGACUGCAGGAGGCUGCACUGCUCGCUGAGGGACCUGAGCUCGCUGCUGCAGGCCGUGGGCCGCCUGGCCGAGUACUUCACCGGGGACGUGUUCGCCGCCAGGUUCAACGACGCGCUCACCGUGGUGGAGAGGUUGGUGAAGGUGACGUUGUAUGGAUCCCAAAUCAAACUGUACAACAUCGAAACCGCCGUUCCCUCCGUGCUGAAACCUGACCUCAUCGAUGUGCACGCCCAGUCCCUGGCAGCCCUGCAGGCCUACGCUCACUGGCUGGCCCAGUUCUACAGCGAGGUGCACCGGCAGAACCCCGAGCAGUUCAUCUCCCUGGUGUCCACAGCACUGGAGGCCAUCACCCCCCUCAUCAGCUCCAAGGUGCAGGAGAAGCUGCUGCUGUCUGCGUGCCACCUGCUGGUGUCCCUGGCCACCACGGUGCGCCCGGUGUUCCUGAUCAGCAUCCCAGCCGUGCAGAAGGUGUUCAACAGGAUCACUGACACCUCUGCCCAGCGCCUCCCCGACAAGGUCAGUUCACCCACAGCUGUCCCACAUGCAAAUGAAGGUUCUGCCAGCCUGCCCCAGAGGAAGGUGCAGCUGGAGGACACCAAAGUGAUCAUCCACCAGACACUGAGCGUUCUGGAAGACAUUGUGGAAAGUGUCUCUGGAGAAUCCACCAAGUCCCGGCAGAUCUGUUAUCAGUCGCUGCAAGAAUCCGUGCAGGUCUCACUAGCCCUCUUCCCAGCUUUCAUUCAUCAGUCAGAUGUGACAGAUGAGAUGCUGAGCUUUUUCCUCACCCUGUUCCAAGGCCUGAGGGUGCAGAUGGGAGUGCCUUUCACUGAGCAGAUCAUACAGACCUUCCUGAACAUGUUCACCAGGGAGCAGCUGGCAGAGAGCAUCCUGCACGAGGGCAGCACGGGCUGCCGCGUGGUGGAGAAGUUCCUGAAGAUCCUGCAGGUGGUGGUGCAGGAGCCAGGCCAGGUGUUCAAACCCUUCCUGCCCAGUGUGAUCUCCCUGUGCAUGGAGCAGGUCUAUCCCAUCAUUGCAGAGCGCUCAUCCCCUGAUGUGAAGGCAGAGCUGUUUGAGCUGCUCUUCCGGGUGCUGCACCACAACUGGAGGUACUUCUUCAAAUCCAGCGUGCUGGCCAGCGUGCAGAGGGGAGUGGCAGAGGAGCAGAUGGAGAAUGAAGCCCAGUUCAGUGCCAUCAUGCAGGCGUUUGGCCAGUCCUUCCUGCAGCCUGACAUUCACCUGUUCAAACAGAACCUCUUCUACCUGGAGACACUGAACACCAAGCAGAAGCUGUACCACAAGAAGAUCUUCAGGACCACGAUGCUGUUCCAGUUUGUGAACGUGCUGCUGCAGGUGCUGGUGCACAAGAGCCACGACCUGCUGCAGGAGGAGAUCGGCAUCGCCACCUACAACAUGGCCUCGGUGGACUUCGACGGCUUCUACUCCGCCUUCCUGCCCGAGUUCCUGGCCAGCUGUGACGGCGUGGACUCCAACCAGAAGAACGUGCUGGGGAGGAACUUCAAAAUGGACAGGGUGAGGAGGGGCCUGCAGCUUUGUGCUGUUGCCAGGAUGCAUUGGAGACAAUUUUCCAGGGAAAGAGAAGUGUCUCGGUUUGUGUUUUUAGUGUCUGCUAAGGAAGGCAGGAGCCUCCUCUGA